AUGGCGAAUGUGCUGGGCGAGCUCAACGCUCCCGUCAGGCUGAGGAAGUGGGACGCCGCUGCCGCUGAAACCGGCAAGAGGAAGGAGGAGGAGGAGGCUUUGAUGGGGCUGGCCACAAGCCUCGUGCGGUCAGCGCACUUGAUGUGCAAGCUGAGCUUCCCCCGGUGGAGGCUCUGCGCGAGGACCAUUGCUGACGCUGAGCUAUGGGAGAAGCUCGCAGCCAGCAGCAGCUCAUCGGAUAAAUCGUGUGGAUUCUUCAGUGGCUGCGGAUUGGGGAAAACAAAGCUGCCGCUCUUGUUUGAUCCCAUUCACCGGCUGCCUGAGCUUUGCUCUCUGCGGUAUGAUCUCACCAUUCCAUUUGCCCGGUAUCUUGCCAUGAAUAACAUAUAUAAUGCACUGAGGAGAAAGUUGCUUGAUGUCAUGCUGGAGUUCUGCGGUGUGCCUCCUGAGAAGUUCAGAAUGGUCUGCUCAAGCAUCAACAAGCUUGACAAACGGACAUUUGAAGAGGUGUAG